AUGGCCAACACCCAGAAUUACACGUCAGGAUCGCCCUCAAACAUCAAGCGCGGAACACGGGCACAGCACAUUGUGCACCCUACGCGCAGCGUUUCUUUCGCCUCACCUUCGUAUUUUAUUACCUCGACAUCUCGUAUGCAUCCAAACCACGGCAAACUACGCAAGCCUCCACCCACCCACGAACAGCAGCGCUCGCGAAUCCCAUCUAUCCAUUGGCUCUUCCGCAGCAACAUUCCUCGCAAACGAACUUCCUACAUCUCAAUUGACGUUCAGAAGCGCAAUUUCUUCGGAAUGGGCGAGAUUAUUGGAGUUCUAACCAACCCAGCCGGGACUGUCCGCUCGCUGACGGAGUCAAAGAAGCUGCUCGAGGAGGCCCGACGAGAGAUCAGUGAGAGUAGGGAGCGUUCCCAGAUUCGCCCCAAGCACACGUUCUCUCGUUUGCCCGGGUUUUGGCCUCGCAAGGCCGAAAUGCAGGCUGUGGAGCGUGCCAUGGAAGGCGAGCCUUCAUUUACGAUCCUCUUUGGCGCCAGCUCGGUCGGAAAGACGGCGCUGCUGAGAGAGGUCCUCUCGCGAGAGCAGUACCAUGUCCUCCAUUUUGAUUUGCGGAUUGCUGGGUUUGCAGACCUGGCCAGUCUCUACACCAGCCUGAGCCAACAGAUGGAGCUCUACUUCGAAGAAAUCGCAAGCAAGAUGGAAGGCUACCAUGACUUUGAAAAAGAGGCUUGGAGCUUCAAGCAUGACCGACUAACGGUUGAACGCCGGAUCUCUGAGACCGCUGGCGAUCAUAAGCAGCAAAACGUCAAAACGAGCGACAUCGCACGCCUAAUGGAAUUGUUUCAAAGUUCGCUUCUGAAAUAUUGGGAAUUUGAACCUGUGCUUGACGACAAGACAGAAUCAGGCAGUGGUCACGCGCGUCACCAGGACUCGGGCAACUCUAGCAAGACACGCGUCGAACACGCUAGUGAGGGCUCAACGACCAAAUCGAAGUGGGGUUUUAGGGUCUGGGGAAGAAGCAGAGGUAGUCAGAAACACCAGGAAACGACGAGGAUGCAGGGCAAUGGGGGCGUGUCGCUAGGAAAGGAGAAGCAGAAGCAGAAGGAAAGACCGCCGAAGAGGAUGCCGGUCAUUUUCUUCGAUGAAGCGCAUAAAUUGCCUGCUCUCAUCCAGUCUACGGAAACGAUGAAGUGCAUAUUGGAUUCAAUACUGGUUCUCACGAAGCAGGAUAGGCUAUGCCAUGUUAUCCAUGCCACGAGCGACCCGUUCUACCAGACUUGGCUCAGGCAGCUCAACGUGAUGCAGCACUGCAAGAUCAUCACCAUUGGCGAUUGCUCUAAAGCGGAAACGAGGAAGUUUUAUCGAGACAGAGUGCUUCCUCGUGUGCCUGAGCGAAUUCGCGGCGGAUUGAACUUCGAGGUGCUGUAUGACGCGUUUGGUGGGAAGCUUGCUCAUUGGCAUGAUUACAUCACCGAUUAUGUGAACUCGAAUGGCACUCUCGAUAUCAAUCAAAGCUCCCAUUUCCUUCAAGCACAUGCCCUCCUUAACCUACACAUCAUCCAUUCCUCGCAAUCACCCACGGCUGGAGCAGCAGGUGAAGGCGGCGCGGAAACGGGUGCUCCAGGACCCACCAACGCCAGCACGGCUGAUACGUUGCAUCCAGGCCUGGGUCCGGCAGGUUUCAAGAUCUACUCUCCUCUCACACAACCGCAUGGUCCUGGAGGCUCGAUGCUCAGCUCGGGCGACGCCACCUCCUCGAUGGGCUUUAACGGACCGCCUGAAUUUUCUGCGAUGCAACUCCUGAAAGUUAUGUCCCGUCUUGCCCGCCCUGAUACGCCCUAUAUCCCAUACUUCCAUCUCUGCCGCGAGAUUGGAGUCCGGGCAGUCGACGGGAUGGUCAAGGGCCGUGUGCUAGACCUUCGUUGGACGGAGACGGUCACUCGGGAGACCGGCGGCGAGGAGAUGCGGAUUCGAAGCAGCUUGGUGGCAGCGGCUCAAGCAGCAUCGUUGCACCAGCGUGGAGAUACGACUGUCGUUGGUGGUAUGCCAGCGGGUCCGAAUGAUUCAGGGUUGGCUGUUGGCGGACCUAGUACCACCACUCCAGUCGAACCACCACCGCCAAUUGAUGACGAGGAGGACAUGGUGCCUGUUUCUGAGGCGGAGAUGGGCAGGAUGAGGGGUGGUGGAGAUUUGUACGAGGAGAUGAUGGAAGUCGUUGGCCCUAAAUUGGUACCCACCACGCCAAUCAUGCGCUACGCGAUGAGGGACGUCGUCCACGAGUAUGAAGACGACCAGUCGGUGUCCGAGUACGCUUCUCUGUCGGACGUCGAUGAGUACUGA